GGCGAGCACACCGGCGUUGGCGGCGACCACGAGGGCGGCAAAAGCGACGAACUGAAAGAGAGAAAGUGAGUGAGUUCGAAGGUACUUUUUCAUUCAACGUAUACGUUUCUUAAGAGGAGAGACGCGCGGACAAGCUGAAAAAUGUCGAGAGAAAUCUCCCGUGUGGAUCAUAAUACUCAGGGCGAGCGAGUAGUAGAGGAUUAUCAAACGCGCGGCAUUAAAAUCACCACGAGGCCGCAAGGACGAGAAAUAUCAGAAAUAUCAGCCGAGAGGACGACAGAGGGUGACAAAUGAGCGCGUGUCUAUGCGACGGACGUGUUAAUAGACCCGGGGAGACUUCAUAUAGAGCGAGGAAAAAAGAAAGUCACGCUCGUAAUCGGGCAGUGGAACUCGCGCGCGCGAGUAUAAUCAUGUAAUCGUCUAAUAAAAAGGGAACCUCCUCUCGCGAAGAGCAUUUGAUUCGAGUAAUGAUGUAAGAACCCGAUGAAAAGGCACCCAAACGUAUUUUAUCGAAACUCGAAACACCCGUCAUACCUUUCACACGGCGCACAAAGGGACCUCGUCUUGUAUAGAAAUGCGAAAAAUCUUCCACGAGAAGAGAGAAAGAAAGAAAGAGAGAGAGAGAGAGAGAGAGAGAGAGAGAGAGAAAGAGAGAGAGUCAUCUGGAGGAUACGAUGCUCUCCCAUGGUCCUUUUCUCGCAUAAAAUCCUCAAUCAUAAGGCUGUGAGCAGAGGAAAGAGAGAGGAGAAGAAAGGGAGAAAGAGAAAGAAGAAGUAAAAAGGGGAAAUUCGGAAGAGCCAGUCCGACGGGCCGAGAGAGCAAACGCUCUCCGUGGAACCCUCGACGGAGCGAGCGGGGGAGGAUUAGGUAACUCGUGGCAAGGACGUGGCCUAGUCCCCGGCGACGACGACGACGGUACACUGGCCGGUUGUCUCGGGGCCCGACGAGAGAGCAGGGGCUCGAACCCGGGUUCGGCUGGUCGCUGGGCGUGGUCCGAUUUCUUGCUCAAUUUUGCGCUGCUCGCUGUGCGUGGCCGCGAAUCGGGUGACCGUCGAAGGUACCGUCACCCAGUUACGUAUGCUCCGGCGUGUGGUGGUGCAGCGUAGUGUGGUGUGGGCCUUUCGGUAGUCCCCGGCGCGGCGGUAUAAAAGCCGAAAACCGUCCAUCCACCGGUAUCAUUCGCAUCACAGACUCAGAUCGAGCGAAUCUACCAAUCUACCAAUCAACCAAGCAACAAUGGCCUUCAAGUUCGUCGUCCUCGCCGCCCUGAUCGCCGCCGCCAACGCCGGUGUGCUCGCCCCUGCUCCUCUGGCGUACGCCACGGCUCCGGUCGCCGUCGCCAAGACGGUCGACGCUGACUUCGACCCGCAUCCUCAGUACAGUUACGCCUACGACGUGCACGACAGCUUGACCGGGGACGCGAAGAGCCAGCAGGAGACCCGCGACGGUGACGUCGUCCAAGGCAGCUACUCCCUCCUGGAGGCCGACGGCACCAGACGCACCGUCGACUACACCGCUGACCCGGUCAACGGAUUCAACGCCGUCGUCCGCAAGGAGCCCGCCGCCGUCGCCGUCAAGACCGUCGCCGCCGCCCCCGUCGCUCACGUCGCAUCGGCUCCUCUCGCCUACGCCGCGCCGGUCGCCAAAAUCGCCACCCCUGUGGCUCACGCACCCCUCGCCUACGCCGCCCCCGUAGCCAAGGUCGCCGCUCCCAUCAGCUACGCCGCUCCCAUCAGCUACGCCGCGCCGAUCGCCAAGGUCGCCGCCGCGCCGGUCGCUUACGCCGCGCCGUUCGCCAAGGUCGCAGCCGCCCCCGUCGCUUACGCCGCCGCCCCUGCCUACCUCCACUGAACUGACUGGAUCGUUACUUAGGAACCAUGUUUAUCGAAUAAAUCUCAUGUUUCUUAGCAAGUA